GGCGGCUGUGGGGAAAACAUGGCGGAAAUUUUAAAAGAUUGCAGUGUGCCCUGUAAGACGUCCUGGGAUGAGCUCCAAGCCCUGUGUCGCAGAGAGAGGCUCUACUGUAAACAGCUGGGGGUGAACAGAGCCAACGUCAACGAGUACGAGGUGGAGUUCCUCUGUGACUACAAGAGGAAUAAGGAGGAUGAAUUCUAUCUGGUCAAAUGGAUAGGCUUCCCAGAGUCAGACAACACCUGGGAACCCAAGAGGAACCUCAAAUGCCCCAAACUGAUGAAGCAGUUCCACAUUGACCUGGAAAAGGAGCUGCGGCGCCACAAGAGACGCUGCGUCCCUAAAAAGCUGGACAAGGAAGUCUCGUCCUUCAUGGUUCAGAAAGCCAAACUGCGUAUGAGCCUGCAACGCUGGGAGGCCCAUUUAAACUUCACCCGCAACCACCCCGGUCGCAUCUUCGUUCAGAACGAAGUGGACCUCGAGGGCCCGCCGAAAAACUUCACCUACAUCAACAAUUACAAAGUAGGCCAGGGCAUCGUAUUAGAUGAGAUGGCCGUAGGUUGCGAGUGCAAGAACUGUCUCAAGGAGCCGGUGAACGGCUGCUGCCCCGGGGCCUCCCUGCACCGCAUGGCCUACAACGACCGGGGCCAGGUCCGGGUAAAGCCGGGAGAACCUAUAUACGAGUGUAACUCCCAAUGCAGCUGUAACACCGACUGUCCCAACAGAGUGGUGCAGAAGGGCAUCCAGUUUGACCUGUGCAUCUUUAAGACAGAGAACGGCCGGGGGUGGGGCGUCCGCACACUGCAGCACAUCAAGAAGAACACAUUCGUCAUGGAGUACGUGGGCGAGAUCAUCACAACAGAUGAAGCAGAAAGGAGGGGCCACGUGUACGACCGCCAAGGCUCCACAUACCUAUUUGACCUGGACUAUGUGGAGGACGUAUACACAGUGGAUGCAGCGCACCAAGGCAACAUCUCUCACUUUGUCAACCACAGUUGUAACCCCAACCUGCAGGUAUUCAACGUGUUCAUUGACAACAUUGACGAGAGGCUCCCGAGAAUUGCUUUGUUUUCAACACGGGCCAUUCACGUGGGAGAGGAGCUCACCUUCGACUACAAGAUGCAAAUUGAUCCAUUUGACACAGAAAGCACCAAAAUGGACUCCAGUUUCAGUUUAGCGGGACUCCCCAGCUCUCCGAAGAAGAGAAUUCGAGUGGAGUGCCGAUGCGGAUCGGACUCGUGUAGAAAGUACCUGUUCUGACACGGUACUGCUGGUAACAGAACACUGUCAU